CACACGUGUUAUUCUUUUUUUGUGAUUAAGUUUAAUUACUUUCGUUUGAAAAUACAUACAUAUGUUACACACAAUUAAAAAGAAAGUGUACAAUUUUUGGCAGUGCACACAUUUUCAUUAACCAACCAGUCUUGUUCGUUUUUUUUAUUUCUUCUUUAAAAAAAAGUGAAGAACACAACGAAAAACGGAAUCAACAUGCCCCGUUUUAGUGACGAACAAAUGUUAAAAUGUGUUGUUUUGUCGAAUUUCCCACCAAAUUUCGACGAAAGUGCGGUGAUCGAUAUUAUUCAUAAAUAUGUAGAUAAAAAAGACAUUGAAUUUGUAUAUGUGCCAAUGAAUCCAUACAAACGACGUGCUUUUUUAAUCGCAGUACACACCGAAGCGAAAACAGAAAUUAUGGCAAAGGUUCGUGGAAAAAAAGUGUCAGUUCAUUUGAACAAUGAACAUUCGAGGUACACAAUCAAUGCAAAUGCAUAUGAAGAGGAUAGAUGUUUUAAAACCACUAUCGAUCGUCGUAUUCAAUUGCCGUCGAACUUCGAAAUGACCAAUAUAUACAUCAGCCGCAUACACAGUGUGAAUAAAGUUUAUGUACAAUUAAAACACCGGUAUGACAUUUUUGUUCCGUAUCAAUUGGAAAAGCUCCAAAAUACCAAAUUCGAAACACCGCUUCGUUCGCCAGACGUUAACCAUUUGGUGGUUGUUCGCAACAGAAAUGGUCAGUUUUAUCGCGCCAAAGUGGUGGCCAAGUAUUAUGAUCAACAAUAUUUGGUUUUUCUAGUCGACACUGGUUUUUUUGUUGAAACGGAUGUUUCACAUUUAUUCAGUUGGAGCGCGGUUUGCAAUCGCUACCCAUUCCAAGCGAUUUUGUGUAGCGUCGAUGGUAUGGAGGAUGUUUCAGGCGAGAGAGGAUCCCUCAUUCGAAACCAUCUACGGGAAUCGACGAAAAAAAAGACAUAUCGAUGUGUUUUUCUCAAACAAACCGAAGAUGACGUUAUCGUCUCGAUUGAUGGUUACAAUUCGAUUCCACCAUGGAUAAAAGAGAGACAAAUUCCCAUCGGCAGAGUUAAUGGGAUUGGGGUCAAUGUCAACGAAAUCGGGUCGAUGUAUAUUAUCGAAGUCGUGAAAAUCGACCAUCAUGAAAACCAAUACUCCGAAAACAUAGUGAACGAAUCCAAAAUAGCUGCACAAAUUGCUCGUAACUAUACACUACGUGUCAAUAAUUUGAGUGAAACUAAUACCAAAUUCAAGGUGCUAAUGAACAGUAUCUUGAUGAAGUUCGAUGGGAACGGCUGUGGUCUUGCAUUGACAGUUGCAUACCAUUCAGCUAUAUUCAAGCGGGCGGUAGAUUCAGCUAAAUGUUUUACCGGCGAGGUGAGUCUUACUGGCCGAGUGAGUAGAAUAGAUGGCCUCAUUGGGAAACUAUCGGCAGCUUUGGAUAAUGACAUGAAGACAUUCUUUAUACCAAUCGAUAAUUUGGUUGGUUUCAAAUUUAACAUCGAUCCGCGUCUGCUUGAAAUUAAAACAGUUUCAUCUGUUCCCGAAGUGCUCGAUAUGGCUUUUUCGAUCAGUCAUUAAGCAACCAGUUCUAUUAAAAAAUACACACAUACACACAUGAAUUAAAUUUAAAUCUGAAUUUUUUUUAUUACUUUUUUCCAGUCUAUGUA